GCCUUUCUAGCUUGCUUCACUUUAAUUGUUUAAUUUAUUUCUUGUUGCUAAUCACUACUAAGCUAAUUGCCUUUUGUUAAUUACAAUGGGGUUUCGUUGCUUCCAUCUAUUGCCUAUAUUUGCCAUCCUCAUUAUUGCACAAGGAGUUACAAGCCAAGCAGCUUCAUCGUCCGAAGAAUAUUGGGAAAAAAUGUUGCCUAAUACUCCAAUGCCCAAAACUAUUGAGGACUCCCUCAAGACUGAGGGUAGAGUUGGAGUCAAUGUAGGAAACCAUGGAAUUGAUGUAAGAAGUGGAAAACCAAACACAGGAUCAACCAAUAUUCAUGUGGGUAAAGGAGGAACAUGGGUAGAUGUCCAUCCUAAAGGAAACCCAUUUCUCUACAGAUAUGCUGCUACACAAACCCAACUCAAAGAUAACCCAAACAUAGCCUUAUUCUUCCUCCAAAAAGAUCUAAAACCAGGAACCCAAAUGAACUUACACUUCACCAAAUCCCCAAAUGGAGCAACCUUAUUACCUCGAAAAAUCUCUGAAUCAAUCCCCUUUUCAUCAGACAAUAUCCCACAAAUUUUAACUCGAUUCGAUGUAAAAUCGAACUCGAAUGAGGCCAAAGUCAUGACUCGAACAAUAAAAGAAUGCGAGGCUAAAGGAUUGGACGGAGAGGAUCAAACCUGUGCAACAUCCUUAGAAUCAAUGGUUGAUUAUGUGAUUUCUAAAUUGGGUAAAGAGCUGGACACAAUCUCAACCAAUACCGGGAAACAAGAAGAGAUUAAGACGCAAAAGUAUGUUUUUACAGGAGUUAGGAAAGUGUCAGAACAUAAAGCUGUGGUGUGUCACAAAAUGGACUAUGUUUGUGCAGUUUUUUACUGUCAUAAAACAGAGAAGACUAAGACUUAUAUGGUUUCUUUGAUGGGUGUUGAUGGUACUAAAGUCAAAGGUGCUGUUAUAUGUCAUACUGAUACAUCUAAAUGGAACCCUAAACAUUUGGCCUUUCAUGUGCUUAAGGUUGAACCAGGGAGUGUUCCUGUUUGUCAUUUUCUUCCUGAAGAUCAUGUUGUUUGGGUUCCUAAGUAAGUGUUUUAUGUGUUGGAUUUCAUGGGUUUGAUUAUUAUUGUGUGUUUGUGGUGUUGGUUAUUGAAUAAUAGUGAUUAGUUAUGGUUUGGUUGUAUGUCCCUUUGGCAUUGUUAUGGUGUACUAAUGCUCAUAUGUGAUGUAAUAUAUGUAUGAUAUUUGAUAUAUAUUUAUAUUUUAUAUUCUAAAUUUGUAAUAGAAAUUGACAUGGUAUAAAUGUAUAUGUUAUAGCUUCAA